AUGGCCUUACCAACACCGAGUUUCCCUCCCACGCCUGAGGCAUUACCCGGUGAUGUUGAAGCGUCAGUUUUUGAACCUAUGCCCAUCGUUGAAGAAGUGCCGAUGUUUGAGCCAAUAUCUAAUGGCCACAGUCUGACCCUAAACGAGCUUAGCAGGGUUUGUCAGCUUGCUGUCGCCAAGGCGGCUCCCUUCUCCUCGCUUAUUAUAGUUCAGAAUCUUUUUCGAUUUGAGAUUGGUCCCAACCCAACCGUCCUUCCAACUAUUGUUCCUGAUCCUCCCCUCUUCCUCAAUGUAGACUCCUUUCCAAGAAGGUCGUGUGAGAUGCUGCCACUUCCUCGCUGA